CUUAUAUUAAAUUUUAUAUUAAAUUUUAUAUUCAAUUUUAUAUUAAAUUUUAAAUUAAAUUUUCUAUUAGCAACUUUCAGUCAUUCAUGGGGAUUGCAAGUGGCGCUCACGUUUGUUUUUCCGCCCGAAAGGCCGUUAUUCACUGGGGAAAAGCGAGGGAGUCGAGUCGUAAAGAUGUGUAUUGUGCAGCAAUACGCGCGACUUGGCCUAAAUCCGUCCUUGGCUUUGACUUUGGCCCGUUCGCUUGGCCCAAUUUAUGCAAUUCCAUUGUCCACUUUAUUGUUUCUGCAUGGCUUUUAUGAUCGGACACCUAAAUAUAGUCGUGGCCGACUUGUUUACCAAAUUGCCGUCUAGUCCUUGCCACCACUUUCCCUCGCCAACUUGUUCGGCAAUCUGUGCCCAGACACAGCAACAGGAAAAACAAUCUUGUAUGCGUGAGUGACCCAAAUAAGUAUGCUUUGUUUCUUGCCACUAACUUCCCCUUUCCUGUGGAUGAAAAUCUGCGUUUCAGCAAUUG